UAUGGCUAAUAUUUUAUAAGUUUAUGAAUAAUGUAUAAACAAUCCUGAGAUUCUCAGACAUGGAGAUUAAUUUCUAUCAGAAUAUUUAAAGAAUACACCUAACUUUAUUCUGGAAUCAUUAAAAUUAAUAUUUGAUGUUAGUCAACAAUAAAGAAAAUAUAUUGCAAUUCUAUUCAAAAAUGUUAUCUUAUUAAAUUGGCAAAUUUUGCAAUAAUAAACAAAAUAAGAUAUUGUAAAGAUUUUAGUAGAUGGUCUUUAACAAGAGCAUUAAGUUUCAGUUUAAGAGAUCAUUGUAAAUUGUAAUUUAUUAUAUAUAGACUAUAAUAAUCACAGAAGUAAUGAGAAGAGAUUCUGAAUAUCAAUAAUUAGUGCCAUCAUUUUUACAAAUUUAUACUAUUAAUCCUCAUAUAAUAAAUACACUAAUUCAUAUUUAUUAAUAAUUAGAUGGAUAAAUUUUGAUAUCAUAUUGUGAAAUAAUUCUGUAAAAUCUUAUUUUAUAACAAUCACCAACUCCUAAAACAUAUCAUUUAGUAUAUUUGGUAAUUAAAAUGUUUUCUCAUUGUGAACAAAGUGAUAUUGAAUUAUUAAAGUAAUGCUUUGAUUCAACAUUUAUUUAAUGGAUGGAGAGAUUCUCCUAAGUUUUAUAACAGGAAGAUUAAUUGGAAUCCUAGAUUUAUAUUAUGAAAGCAUUAAAUUUAAUUUUUAAAGAAAUGAAAACUUACUCUAAAUAAAUCAGAAAAGUCAUUUUACCUUAGAUGACUCAAUUUUUGGUAAGAUUAACAAACGCAAUAUAAAGCUUAGAAGGUAUAUUAAGCUAUUAUAAUUAUAGAAAUUAACUUUUUAGAUGAGUGCUAUGAAUAAGAACCAACCUAAGAGGUAUUAUUAUUUUAUACUCUAUAAAUGUUAAUGGAGUUAAAUAACUAAAAGCUUUGCAAUAGUACCAUUUACAGUAGUUUACUAUAAAUAUUAAGUAUGCCAAUAAAAAAUAUUAAUAUGGAUCAUUUUAUAGUGGAAGAUGAUCCAACAGUGGUAGAAGCUGUUUUAAUGUUCUUUGAAUAAUAAUUAUCAAGUAAAAAAACACAUUAAAAUGCAAAAUAAUUUUUAUUAUAAUAUUUAUAAUAAAAAAUGGAGAUGGUUGGUUAACAUGUGAUAAUAGCAUAAUUUUCUUCAGAUUUAUUUGAUCCAAAUUAAUAUUUUGUAAUAAUUGAAUAAAUAUUGAAACAAUAAAGUAUUAAUCAAAAUUAAAUUUUUCAACUUUAAAAGUUAAUAGCUUUAACUAAUCUUUAUUUAUUAACUAAAGGAUAAGUUGAAAUAUUUAUAUAGCUAUUUUAGUUGCAUGUUCAGUAAUUAAAGUCUUAGCUUGGCUUAGUAAACUUAUUUAAUAUAGGAAAAUUAUGUGCACAUGCAAGCAAGAACUUAACAAUGAACGAUCAAAACUUUAAAUGUUUGGUGGAUUAGUCAAACAUUUAAUUUCCAGCAAUAGAUUAAGAUACUGCACAUAUUUUAUUUGACAGCAUUCUAUAGAUGUUAAAAUUAUGCAAAACCUUAUAAUUUCCAAUUUUAUAAAAUAUUUAUCACUAUUGGACUAGCUAUCCUCAUGAUUCAUUAUUGGGUUAGAUAUUCUAUGAAUUAUUGGAAAUUCUUGUCACUAUUGAUCCUAUUUCAGUUUAAUAAACUUUUUCUACAACAAAUGGCUUGAUUUGGUUAAAAGUAAAUACAAUCAUAGCCAAACAUUAACCAUAAUUAUUAAUUAAUUUUAUACCUUAAAUAGCAUAAUAAUUAUUAAUUUUUAAUGAAUUCACUCCAUAAGGAAUAAUGCUUUUGAAGAGUCUAUUACAAUAUAAUACUUUAGAUUAGUUAACCUUAAAUACUGUUAUUUAAAUUUUAGAUAUCCAAUUAAAUAACUAAAAAGAACCAGAACUUGAAGCCCUAACUGAACAUGUUCAUGAUUUAUUGUUAGUUAUAUGGAAUAAACAUACGAAUAGAUAAAUAACAAUUUAGUUACUUAAUAAAAUCUACUCAAAAAUUAUGCAUACUGAAAUACCCUCUACAAUAAAUGGAUUAACAACUAUUCUUUGUGCAAUGUAUUUAUAACAAUAGAAUUAAUUCCUAUAAUGGCUUUAAUCUAACUCUGAAAACACUUAAUUAUUAUUUAGCAAAUGGCUUCGAUUCGCAUCAAUAUUAUAACAAAAAUCUCUACUAUCAUUAUAAAUAAAUGCUAUUUAUUUAUUUACCUAAUUACCAUUUUUUGAUUAAUUAUUUUAUGUAGAUCCAUUUAUUGAUAAGGUUAUUCCAUUAAAGGCGAAAAUGAUGGAAUUUUUAAUUUCCAACCAAUAAUAAUGUGUAAGAAUUUUAUUAAAAACUUAGAAAACGAUAGCAUUAGAUGAGGAUGAAGAAUUUCAGGAUAUAGAUUCUAUUGAAACAGAAUUUGAAAAUGAUAUCACUGAAUGUCAUAAUCUCCUUUAACCUAUUUCAAUUUCAUUUGAUCAUUUGCAAUAUUUAUCCAAACAUUUAUCUAAGGAGCAAUAAUAAUUUUUAAGGAAAUAAUGA